CACAAACAUUGAGCUUUUUUUACUGCAUAUAAAAAGAGAAAGCCUAAAGAACUUGUAUUUUAUAAUGUAUUUUAUUGUCAAGAACGCGGAGCGCCACAAGGCUUUAUCCUUGGCCCCCUCCUUUUUUUGUUUUACAUAAUGGCUUGAAAUAUUAUAUUAUAUAUUCUGAAAAAAAUGGUAUAACGGUAUAAGUUGGUUAAUUAGGUUAAUUGCAUUAUGGAUCUGAUUGUUGGGCAAUAUAUUACUUUAACACUUCAAGGCAAGGUAUUUGUUAUUUGGAUCAAUAAGGCUUGAGAAGAACUCUGUUUGGGACAUUAACAUUGUGGUCCGAGGCCCUUACGCAAACUUUGAAGUACAACUGAUGAGAGUCGUCCUUGUAUUAGUCAUGUUGGUAGGUGUCAUUCCAACAGUGCCUUCCAGUGGAGGGUUGAGCAUGUUUUAUGAUAUUUGUGUAAAUAUGGUUACAAUGUGGUUGUUUGUGUAUGUUUUACUUUUUAAUAUACUGAUAUUUGCAUCUUGACAACCAUCUGCUAUGAUGUGACUUCGUUUUCUUUGAUUUUCUUUCUUUUUCUCUGGGGCCCUUCCACUUCACAAGUUAGGGUGCUAAACACACGACCUGUUACCAAACUAAGAGGUAAAAAUAGUGGUUUUGUAGGCAUACAAAGGGGAGGCUAAAUGGCUAAGAGAAUGCUACUUGUUAUCAAGCUAGUUUACCUCCUGUCGGACGGUUAAAAUUCAUCACUAGUCCUGCUAGUUUAGAAAAGAAAAGGUAUCAAGUAAAACAAUAAGAGAGACAACGAGAAAGUAAUGCUAAUUAUUUUUUCUGAAGCAGUUGGUGGUCUAAAUAUACUGUACCACACAUACUGGGGGUUUAAAAAAAGGUGUCAAAUGAUGAUGUGUUUCGGUGAGUCAGUGUGAUUCAACUCUGAUGCUCACUGAGGUUUUCCUGAGAGCAAGUUCUGCAAAAUGACACUUUCAGUGUGUCAAAGUCCCUGUAGUCAGUCACACAGGUUUUACUUUUAAAGGAUUCUUGGACAUUCACAUUAUUCCACUUCAUUAUGGCCGGACACCUGCUGCUAGUCGUCCUCAUGUGUUUCUUUUCUGACAUGAAAGCGCAAGCUCUUCUUCCACCUAAACUGACAGUGAGUCCAGCGGUGAUCACAGAGACAGACUCAGUCACACUGAACUGUCAGACUCCAUCAUCUCUCUCUGUGUCUCUGUGUUAUUUUAAUUUUGUAAGAGGAGGACCUGGCAAACCCUUCUCUUGUCUGAAGACACUGACAGGGACUGAGCUCCUGAAGAUUACAGGUCAGAGUUCACCUGCUGAGGUUAAAGUGACAUGUCUUUACCUUCACGUGUCUUCAUCUCCUGACAGUGACACAUCCUCCAUCAUCAUUCGAACCUCUCUUCCACCUAAACUGACAGUGAGUCCAGCGGUGAUCAAAGACACAGACUCAGUCACACUGAACUGUCAGACUCCAUCAUCCGUUACUGUGUCUCAGUGUAAUUUCUACACUUUAAGUGGACAACAAACCAAAGAGUUUUCUUGUCUGAAGACACUGACAGCGACUGAGCUGCUGGAGAUAUCACAUCAGAGUUCACCUGCUGAGGUCCAAGUGACGUGUUUCUACACUGUAAAGGUUGGAGAGUUACAUUAUCCUUCUCCACACAGUGGCACAUCCUCCAUCACCAUACAAAGUAACAAACCACAGUUGAGUGUUGAUCAUGUGCUUGGUGAUCACCUUCACUUUAUCUGCACUCUGCCUGGAUCUGCUGAUGGUGGUACACAAUGUCACCUGUACUUUGGAGAUGAAGUCCUAACAAGAGAGAUCCGUAGGGAAAGGACCUCAAAGAAACAGUCGUUCUGCCAGUUUACUGUCACAAUUAAUGAUUUGCUGAGUCGUCUACGUUCAGUUCAACAAAGAGAUGCCAGCUGUGAUUACAGUUUGGGAAGUGAACCCAACUCUUUGUCUCCUCGUAGUGAUGCAUACAGCUUGACUGAUAUUGUGGAGAAAGAGACACACGAGACGGAGAGACCAAUGACACUUCCUGUGACCACAGGUCUGACUGUUACCAAGCUCCAUACUUCAACUCAAGCAACUUCUGUAACAACAGAUUCAAGUGUUCGUACUCCUGGCACCAUAGACAGCUCAAACCCUGCAACCCCUCGGAAAACAGCUUCAGAGAAGUGGAUAUGGAAGUUUGUAGCAGUUGUGACUGGUUGUGGAGUAACUCUGGGAGUCAUCUUGCUGGUUUCGGCAGCUCUCUGCAACAGAAGAAAAACUGGUUUGGAAGGAGGGAAAAUGUGUCAGCCUCAAAAUGAGAAUUAUGAUGCAUACCAUAUGUACGCCACCAUCGCUGAGGAGCCAGCCGCAUCAACCCCAAAGGAUAUUGUGUACAGCACCGUGCAGAACCACUGAAAUAAAAACUGUUUUAUAUUGUUUAGAGAAAGAUGAGCAGACAUCUUAAGGAACUGAAAUGUAAACUUCUUGUUUUAAGUUGAGUGGUAUAGUCACGACUAAUGUUUUUUUUUUUUACAAAAGUUUCACGUUUUACAGCCACACGCAAUUUUCAAUUUAAGGUUUAUGAUGUUCAAAGCACAGCAAGGGUUUAAAAUUGCAUUUUAAUGACUUUUUUGUUCUUUAGAUUAAAAUUGAAAAUGCAUUCAGUUGAACUCAUGUAUAACUAAAGCAAACAUUUUGACUGUUUGUUUUGUUUUCUAAAGUCAGGUUGAUCAUAUUUUCUUCAGUGAUUAUGUACUAUACAUACUGUACCUUUACAUGCAUUUACAACUUACUGAUACUGUAUAUUAACCGUAGCUCACAGUCUCUCAGUCACACCUUACUCUCCAGUGGUGACCACAGAGACAGACACAUUGAACUGUCAGACUCCAUCAUCUAUUUCUGUCACAGUGUUAGUUCUACACUUUAAGUGGAGGAAGUAAUGUUUAAACCAAAUUGCUUCACACAAAAGGAGUCACUCAAAUACGUACCUUAGAUACAAAUUCAUACCAUGGUUUUAACACACAAAAUCAAUCAAACCUUUUUGCACGAAAAUAUUUUUUAAGAUGACUUAAAUGAGAAAUGAAAUGGUUUUGAAUGUUCAGGAAAAACAUGGGCAAUAACUGCAUGUUUACACAAAUGUAAGUUCAAAAAGUGUAAGUAAAUAAAAUGUAACUUCUAGUACCUACACCCACACACACAGCUGAGUGUGUGUAUCUGCUUAUAUGUAAACAGCUGAAACAGAGAUGCAAUCGAAAUAAAACAUACUCGGACCUU